AUGUUGGUACGACACAUCACAAAACAAGCAAGCAGUAUACGGACGGCCGCGUCGUUCUCUCGUCUGGCUCGUGCAGUGCAUCCUACCGCAACCCGCGCCCUGCAUGCGAGCGCGACCCGUUACGCCGUGGCGUCCGCCGCCGUCGGGGACUACGGCGCUGAAGACAGCGAGCACGUCCUCAACUCGCCCUCAGAGCUCGCGCGCAAGAUUUCGGCCAAGGUCCUCCCCAAGAUCGCGCGCCCGGACGUGAAGAAGGUGCUCAUCGUCGGCAGCGGCGGCCUUAGCAUCGGCCAGGCGGGCGAGUUCGACUACUCGGGCUCGCAGGCGCUCAAGGCCCUUCGCGAACAAGGUGUCGACGCCGUGCUCAUCAACCCGAACAUUGCCACCUGGCAGACGUCGCAUGAACUCGCGGCAGAGGUCUAUUUCCUGCCCAUAACCGCGGACUACGUUGCCUACGUGCUUGAGAAGGAGCAGCCGGACGGCAUCCUGCUCACGUUCGGUGGCCAGAGUGCGCUGAACGUCGGCAUUGAGCUUGACCGUAUGGGUGUCCUCGACCGACUCGGCGUGCAGGUCCUCGGCACGCCCAUUCGCACGCUCGAGGUUUCCGAAGAUCGUGAUUUGUUCGUCAAGGCGCUCAAGGAAAUCGACAUUCCGGUUGCUACCAGCACGGCUGUCUCCUCGGUCAACGAUGCGCUCGCGGCAGCAGAGAAGAUCGGCUAUCCUGUCAUCCUUCGGUCUGCAUUCACUCUAGGUGGUCUCGGUUCUGGCUUUGCGAACAACCCGGAUGAGCUGCGCGACCUCAGCGCCAAAUCGCUUAGUCUCGCGCCUCAGGUUCUCAUCGAGCGCAGUAUGAAGGGAUGGAAAGAACUCGAGUACGAGGUCGUCCGCGACGCUGCCGAUAACACGAUCAUUUGCUGCAAUAUGGAGAACUUCGACCCCCUCGGCACGCACACUGGUGACUCGAUCGUCGUUGCUCCGUCGCAGACGCUCCCGGACGACGAGUACCACAUGCUACGUACCGCCGCGAUCAAGGUCAUCCGUCACCUCGGCGUUGUCGGCGAGUGCAAUAUCCAAUACGCGCUCAACCCGUACUCCCGUGAAUACUGCGUCAUCGAAGUCAACGCUCGUCUCUCCCGGUCGUCCGCGCUCGCCAGCAAGGCGACCGGCUAUCCGCUCGCCUACACUGCUGCCAAGAUCGCACUCGGCUACACGCUCCCAGAACUGCCCAACGCCGUGACGAAGACGACAACGGCUUGCUUUGAGCCUUCGCUCGACUACAUCGUGACCAAGAUCCCUCGUUGGGACCUCGCCAAAUUCGGCAAGCAGGUCGCUCGUCAGGUCGGGUCCGCGAUGAAGUCGGUUGGCGAGGUGAUGGCUAUCGGACGCACGUUCGAGGAGAGCCUUCAAAAGGCGAUCCGGCAGGUUGACCCGCGCUACUGCGGGUUCGAAGCGUACGUGAACCCGGAGGACCUGGACGAGACUUUGAGCGUUCCUACGGACACGAGGCUGUUUGCUGUCGCGGACGCGAUGUUGAACAAGGGCUACUCUGUGGACCGCAUCCAUGACUUGACCAAGAUCGACAAGUGGUUCUUGUACAAGAUCGAGAAUAUCGUUCAAAUGCAGCAAACGCUCAAGACCGCUGGCUCCGUUGAGGCCAUCGACCGUGACUUGAUGCUCCGCGCAAAACAGACCGGGUUCUCUGACCUGCACAUCGCCAAGCUCAUCGGUUCCACAGAGGACGCCGUCCGUGCCCAUCGCAAGUCCCUCGGCGUUACGCCGUUCGUCAAGCGAAUCGACACGCUCGCGGCCGAGUACCCGGCACACACCAACUACCUUUACACGACCUAUAACGCGACGGAACACGACGUCGAGUUCGACGAACACGGCACGAUGGUCCUCGGCUCGGGAGUGUACCGUAUCGGGAGCUCGGUCGAGUUUGACUGGUGCGCGGUCACGUGCGCGCGCAAGCUGCGGGACAUGGGCAAGCGGACCAUCAUGAUCAACUACAACCCCGAGACGGUGUCGACGGAUUAUGAUGAAGCGGAUCGGAUGUACUUCGAAGAGCUGGGCUUCGAGCGCGUGAUGGACAUCUACGAGCUGGAGCAGGCGCAGGGCGUCGUCGUCAGCGUCGGAGGGCAGCUGCCGCAGAACAUUGCGCUUCGCAUGAAGCAGAACGGCGUGAACGUGCUCGGAACGGAUCCGGAGAUGAUCGACAGCGCGGAGGACAGGCACAAGUUCUCGAAGAUCCUGGACAGCAUCGGCGUUGACCAGCCCGAGUGGGCCGAGGUUUCGAGCGUGGAUGCGGCGAAAGCAUUCGCGCGCGAGGUUGGCUACCCUGUCUUGAUCCGGCCGUCGUACGUUCUCUCGGGUGCCGCGAUGAACGUCGUGUACGAGGAGGCGGCGUUGGAGCACAAUUUAUCGGCGGCGGCUGACGUGUCGCCGCUGCACCCGGUCGUGGUCACGAAGUUCAUCGACGGCGCGCAGGAGAUCGACGUCGACGCGGUUGCGCACGAGGGCAAGCUGCUCAUUCACGCCGUGUCGGAGCACGUCGAGAACGCGGGCGUGCACUCGGGCGACGCGACGCUUGUGCUGCCGCCGUACACGCUCCCGGAGCGGGACAUGGCGCGCAUGAAGGAGAUCGCGGAGAAGGUGGCAAAAGCGUUCGAUAUCUCGGGGCCGUUCAAUAUGCAAGUCAUCCGACAGGUGAAGGAGGGCGCGGGGGACGAGGACGCGGCCCUGAAGGUGAUCGAGUGCAACUUGCGCGCGUCGCGCUCGUUCCCGUUCGUGUCGAAGGUGCUCGGGCGCAAUUUUGUCGACGUGGCGACGGCGGCGAUCGUGGGCGAGCAGGUGCCGGAACCUGUGGAUCCCAUGGGGGAGAAGAGGGAUUACACUGCGAUCAAGGUCGCGCAGUUCUCGUGGACGCGGCUGCCGGGUGCAGAUCCCUUCCUCGGUGUCGAGAUGGCGAGUACCGGCGAAGUGGCCAGCUUCGGGCGCGACGUGUACGAGGCGUACUGGGCCUCACUCCGGAGCACAACCGGAUUCAAGCUGCCCCGGCCCAACUCGGGUGUGCUUAUCGGCGGCGACACGACGCGUCCGGAGAUGGCGUCAAUCGCGAAGCAGCUCAUCACGCUCGGCUUCAAGCUGUACUGCUCAUCUGUGGAGGUGGAGCAGUACCUGAACGAGCUGCCGUACGUGUCGUGCAAGAAGAUCUUCUUCCCCACGAAGGAUAAACGCAAGUUGCGCGAAGUGUUCGACGAAUACGACAUUGAGUGCGUGAUAAACCUCGCACGGAGCCGGGCUACGGAGGCGACAGAUAAGGACUACGUCGCGCGACGAAACGCUGUCGACUUCGGUUUACCGCUGCUCAACAACGCUCGCAACGCGCAGCUGUGGGUUGAUGCGCUGUCGCGGAAGAUCCCCGAGGGCGGCCUCCGCAAGUACACAGAGGGCCACAUCCCCUCUGAGGUCAAGUCCUGGAGCGAGUUCGUCGGUAAACGUGCAUGAAGAGGGGCUUGGUCCGUGUGGGUUCGGUGGAAAUCUAAUAUCAUGCACAAUGCUUUUUCUUCUGCAUUAAAAAGGGGCUUGCUUGCCCAUGUACCUUAUCUCCAUAGCAUAACUUGUACCAUAUCACAGCAAUCCCUCUAGUCAC